CAUUCAGCCAAAACCCCCGUCAAUUCACGUGUUGAACAUGACUACAGCUAUAAGGUCUCAUUUACCAGCAAACAUCACUGCGAAAGACACUUUUGUGCAAUUGCAAUCUCGCCAAGUUCAAGUAGUUUUCCGCAAAAAAAAAAAAAAAAAAAAAUUCUUUUUGAAAAAAGGCGCAGCAAAAUCAAGCAUUUUUGGUUGCAACAAUCACCAAAAAAAUAACUCGGCGAAAUCCUGUACGGACUGAUUUCUUCUACUUCUUCUUUUAUUACAUGGUGUCCCAAAACUCUCAAUACACAGGGGCAUUAUGUUCGCCAGCACCACGUCGGUCGUGUCUUCGUCAGUGGAUCUUCAUGGACGGUCACUUCCUCUCGAGAGGUUGUUCAGCUCCAGCUCGCCUCGGCAGUCCUGCCCUGUGUUUCUCCCUGCCACACGGCUCAGGACUGCUGGACUCCGCCAUCGACCUCUUCAUCAUCCGGAAGGAUUUCCCCGCUGCACUCGCUGCAUGUGAGGGCGGACUGGAGAGUUUAGCUAAUGCUGAUGAGCAGGAACAACACAGUUCCAGGCACGGAGAGUUGAAAGCGGCGCUGUGCAUAGUUGGAAUUCAAGCUCUGGCCGAGUUAAACCGGUGGCAUGACGUCCUGACGUGGGUUUUGCAGCAUUAUGGCGAAACAGAGCAAAUUCCUGCAAAGAUCAUGCAGAUGUGCAUUCUUCUCUACACCAAGGUGGCAGAGCAGGCAGCGGUGCAGGAGGCGGUGCGAACUUGGCUGCGCUGCUCCUCUAACACGAGCCUGUCGGGUUACAGCAGCGUGGCCGAGCUCUACAUCCUGCAUGUUCUCCUGCCGCUGGGCCAAACCGCACAGGCCAAGGAGCUGCUGAAGGAUGGUGUGGGACAGGUCGCCUUUACUGAGGAUCAGAGACAGACCGCGCUUACUAUACUCAAGAAUCAUGACGCUAAAAAGAUGAACCAUUCAUAUCCAAGGCCUGAACCCGUCCCUGUGGAGGCAGAAAAAAAAGUUCAACCUCAAGGGUCAAUGGUCCGGAAGUUGAAUGCUGUUAUGAGGUUGUUGUACAGAGGACUCUCUCUGGCAGGUGUCACUGCCUGGCCACGCUUUAUUCACAGAACUGCUGUCCUUUUAUUCCUGCUGUACCUGCUGCUCAUACGUAUGGACCCAGCUUUGCCUUCAGCUUAUCCGUGGAUCCUUCGGCUGUACGGACUCUGGCAGCAGAUGUGGAACGCCAUGUUUGGACCGUACUACAGGGCUUCUUCUUGAGAAAUCCAUCUGUGCACAAUAAGCUGUAGGGAAAAAAAAAAAAAAACAACUAACGAUGAUGAAAACACUGCAAGCAGUUGGUCGUGAUUAACACAACGCUGAUGUAUGUGCUUGGGACUGCUUACACAGAAAGGCUCAUGAGAAGUCAUCACUUUUCACUCGUUUAAUGAGUGCUGUUCUUACCCGUGUUUGUAACGCAUGCACUCUCAGGAAAAUAAGGCUAAACUGUACCUUUCAUUGUCCCUGGCGUGGUACACUCGAAGCACUUCUAGUGUGUCCUUUACCUGCAAAGCAUGUAGUGCAUCGUUCCAAAAGCUAAUUUAAGGUACAACAGUUAAUUGGACUUAAGGUCCAAUUAAUUGCCUUAACUUAUGAUUUAUAAAUCACAAGGUAUGCUACGUACACUUCACCUCGUAGAAAUUAAACCGAACUGGAAACUAAAGGUACAAGGAAAGUGUCCCAGUGACAAGGAAAAGCACAAUUUAAUAUCCCUUUCCCUGAGCGUGUACACUAAGUGAAGUGCUAGCGAUUUUACCAUAUUUGAGAUUCAGGGUGUUGAACAUCUCUUGUUACUUAAUAACAAUGAAGUGAUCUAGAGCUUACAGAUCCUGUAUGUCAGCAGAAGUUAAACUGGGAUGUAGGUGGUGGGGAAGCCAUAGGGUGCUACCAACGUGGGUACAGUACAAAUUCAGACAGCAUCUGUGGGACCUCUCACUACUGUAUGCCGAGGCCGUGUUUGGAAUUACAGUGGAUGUAAGUAGUCUACACAGCAGAUUUUUGUGAUGUAAAGAUAAAUAAAACCAAGGGUGUGUCCCAAAAAGCUCCGUAGGUUGUGAAUCAGUAUAUCAUGUACACAAGUUGGGGCACUGGUAGGGACCCCUGCUUAUUACACAUUGGGACACUGGACUCGAUUUCCAGCGACAUGACUAGAUACGUUGUUAAUUGUCAUCAAAAAUGACAAAUGUUUAACAAAAAUAAUGUUAAAUAUGUCACACAAAUUUGUUAGCUUAAGCACAUGUGUUUGUGUCAUGGUACGUGAAGCAGGAUCGUAGGCUAGCUAGUGGGUUUUAAAAAAAUCAUUAGACUCAAACAAACAUCAGAACGUCAAAUAAAGUUAAAAAUCGCUAACGUAAUUAACCAUUUGAGACCUACAAUUACAAGCUACUUACAUUGGUAGAGAGAAGUUGCCAAAUUUUCUUUCAAGCUGAAAAGCUGCGGAAAAUAUUCCAUCAUUUCCAGUAAGGGAACAUAGUGAGCAUCGAUGCUUCCUGGUUUUUGCAGUGUGUUGUGGGAUUUUUUUUACAGGACAAACAUUCCAGUGCACUGGAAGGAUUUUGCGAUUGAGACAGCCCUUAAAAUGGCCGACUCCCCGAUCAGUGCCCUGACUACUGAACUAGGGAGCUGAUUGAGAUGCACCGCAGGAUAAACCAUGUCAGAUCUUUUUCCACCUUUUAAUAUGAUAUAGCACACAACCAAAUUCAAAUAAAAAAAUUUUAAAAACCCUAAUGUUUUAGAGGAGGACUAAAGAAAAAAAUUAUAAUAACCUGGGUGCAUAAGAAUGCACACCCUUUUCAUAAUGAGGCAUAUGACUGUGUUCAGAAUGAACCAAUCACAUUCAAUCUCAUGUUGAAAAGUAAAUAUCAUACAGUUCUCAUCAACGCAGUGAUUCUGAUUAACCCCAAAUAAAGGUCGGCUGCUUCUCUACGA